UGGGCAGGUCCGGCGCAUCAUUUCCUUUAGAAUUUGGAGCACGCAGCUUUGCCGUCCCAGUGAGUAUGCGAGAACAUUAGCUCUUGUCUGCACGUACACAUUCCACCCAAGAAGAUUUGACCGAAUUUAAGACAGAAACAUUUCGGUAGCACGGUUACCGCUGCCAUGCCAAAUAUCGUUUUGUUCAGCGGAAGCUCGCACCAUGAUCUGUCACAGAAAGUGGCUGACAGACUCGGUUUGGAAUUAGGAAAAGUGAUUACGAAGAAAUUCAGCAACCAAGAAACAUGCGUGGAGAUCGGCGAGAGCGUGCGUGGGGAGGACGUCUACAUCGUGCAGAGCGGCUGCGGCGAGAUCAACGACAACCUGAUGGAGCUGCUGAUCAUGAUCAACGCCUGCAAGAUCGCCUCAGCCUCCCGCGUCACAGCCGUCAUCCCCUGCUUCCCCUACGCCCGGCAGGACAAGAAGGACAAGAGUCGCGCCCCCAUCUCCGCCAAGCUGGUGGCCAACAUGCUGUCCGUGGCGGGAGCCGAUCACAUCAUCACCAUGGACCUCCACGCCUCCCAGAUCCAGGGCUUCUUUGACAUCGCCGUGGACAACCUGUACGCCGAGCCCGCGGUCCUGCAGUGGAUCCGGGAGAACAUUCCGGAAUGGAAGAACUGCAUCAUCGUGUCGCCGGACGCCGGCGGCGCGAAACGCGUGACGUCCAUCGCCGACCGGCUGAACGUGGAGUUCGCGCUCAUCCACAAGGAGAGGAAGAAGGCCAACGAGGUGGACCGCAUGGUGCUGGUGGGCGACGUGAAGGACCGCGUGGCCAUCCUGGUGGACGACAUGGCCGACACCUGCGGCACCAUCUGCCACGCCGCCGACAAGCUGAUUUCUGCCGGAGCCACUAAAGCCUACGCCAUCCUGACUCACGGAAUCUUCUCCGGCCCGGCCAUCUCGCGCAUAAACAACGCGCCGUUCGAGGCGGUGGUCGUCACCAACACCAUCCCCCAGGAGGAGAAGAUGAGGCAGUGCCCGAAGAUCCAGGUCAUUGAUAUAUCCAUGAUCCUGGCUGAAGCCAUCCGGAGAACUCACAACGGAGAGUCCGUGUCCUACCUCUUCAGCCACGUGCCGUUGUGAGGGAGGGAAAGUGGGCGGUGCUCUCUCCCGAUUGGCCGGUUGGCUCGUGGCCAGUUUAGCCCUCCCUGGCUGAAAUCGAGCCCAUUGGUGGGAGGUUCCCAUGUGACUGACUGUUUCCAUUGACGUUUCCCCUAGUGGAUCACCACCUAUUUAUAUUACAGAUUUCUUUUUUUUUUUUUGUUUGUUUCUUAUUAUACAUGUUCCUUAGCACCGAAACUCAAAAUGUCCAAAUGUUGCCCAAAUCCAGAGUUUUGUAGACUUAUUAUUUGUACCGCAUUGUAAAGGCACUGUAAAUUUAUAAUUCCCUUAAGUAAAAAGUAAGAUUUGGUUUUUA